CAAAUAUCUUAAUCAUUUCCUAAACUCAUUAACAGAUUGAAGCACAUAAAUUGUGACAAAGCCCUUAAGAAUUGACUACUCGUCGACGAUUAACUUACAUCAUAAAACAUUAAAAAGUGUAACGAAAACAUUAACAGCAAAGCGAUGUUAAGCAAAUGGAUUUUCUUACUGUUCGCGACGGUUGUUAUGUCAGAGCUGAGUGGAGAUGUUGAGAUAAGAAGUGGACAUCAUCUUGUACGUAGCGAUCAGCACACAAGACAGACCCGAGCAGCCUUGAAACCGCUUGGGUUCUUUGGAAAAAUUGCUUACAUGGGGGGACUUUUAUUUCAACAAUACAACGAAACGACGAAUGCUUUUGGACGAAUCAGGGACAUUUUGCAAGAUCAAUUCUCUGAUACAGCAACCAAGGGACCUGUUGUCGAGCAAUCAACCUCAGAACCUGACGAAACGACGACGGAGAAGUAUCGAAUUUCACGUGCAGAAUUCGGAAAGAUUGUAAAUAGGAAUUUACGUGGGCUACAAAAGUUGAUGAGAAUUGAGCUCGCGGAUGCUAAAAAUCAAUCGCGGUAUACUAAACAGGAAUAUCUAAAGCAACUCUAUGAUCAACUUAAGCCAAAAGGUGGGAUUCACGCGAAACAACUUAAUUUGACAGUCACGAAUAAGCUUUAAGUGGACUUUUGAGAUAUUCCACAUCACUAAGUUAAGAUGAAUAUCAUUUAUCUGUGAUAGUAUUUUAAGCAUAUAUUUAUUGCGUAUUUUUAAUUGUAAGUGUAGGUGUAAUGUGGGAAAAUGUUUAAUUUCAACACGGGUUAAACUGCAGAUGAUGGAAAACUUUCAAUGAUUUUGUAAAUAUUUUCAUAAAUUAAGAAAUCGAUAAAUUUGACUUUUUUAUGUUAUAAGGGAGGGGAUUUGUAAAAAGUAGAAUUAGGCAAAUUCAUAAGCUCCAAGACGAUCUGUGAAUUUUCAACGUGUGUCAAAAAGCUGCCCAUAAAGAAACAUUUAAAUUGAUAAUUAAGAUAAUAAAAAAUUUAAUAAGCAAAUAUUGAAUAAAAUUUAAAAGAGUGGUA